UGUGGUUGUGAGGUUGUAAAGGACAGGAAAGGAAGAGUUUGACCAGGGGAAUCAGAGAGGCCCCUGAUGGAUGUAGCUCAGAACAGGUAGGGAAGGAUGUGGGUGUAUUUUCCACCAGUCCUAGUUGGGCUGGGAAGGUUGGAUUUGCUAGGUGCUAUGAAAACUAGGUCGAGGUGGGUUUAUUUAUUUUUUUUUAAGGGUUUGGCAGAAAAAAAGCUGUUGCCACUUAUCUGCUGUCUUUGGUGGGGAGGGGGUGGAUAAAGUUUAUGGAUGUUAGUGUACAAGGUGAACUGAAGUGGGAAGAGCUUGGAGGGCCUUGUACCUGACAGGAAAGUAAUGUGUUCUUGCACUAUGGUUACUGGGAUUGGAAGGGCGUAAACAAGUCGUGCAUGGAUUAGGGCUCUUUGAAAUAUCCCCUCCCCUGUUGAGAGGCCACAUGGGCACCUUUGCUGAGACUGCACAUGAGGCUUUGUGGUAGUUAACCCUAGCCAAACCCUCCCUCUGUAGGCCCUGAGGGUACAGAGUAAGCACAUGCCGAGCCCUGGUUGUCAUGAGGUGUCAGUACUGGUAGAGGAGGCAGAUACAGCAGUCUGUGGUGAUGGCGUCUCCCAAGAAAUUAGGCUAAAGGUUGUUAACUAUGUAUAAGCAGAUACUGAAGACAGUGAAAGAACAUAUGGCUAUCUGCUGGGAAUAAUUCAUACAAAGAUGAGCAGUAACAGCAAUAAGAGAGCUCCAACAACUGCGACACAAAGGUUGAAACAGGACUACCUUCGAAUUAAGAAAGACCCAGUGCCUUACAUCUGUGCGGAGCCCCUCCCUUCAAAUAUUCUUGAAUGGCAUUAUGUUGUCCGAGGCCCUGAGAUGACUCCUUAUGAAGGUGGCUAUUAUCAUGGAAAACUAAUUUUUCCCAGAGAAUUUCCAUUUAAGCCUCCUAGUAUUUACAUGAUAACCCCCAAUGGAAGAUUUAAGUGCAACACAAGGCUGUGUCUCUCCAUCACAGAUUUCCAUCCAGAUACAUGGAAUCCAGCGUGGUCCGUCUCCACCAUUCUAACAGGGCUCCUGAGCUUUAUGGUGGAGAAAGGCCCCACCCUGGGGAGCAUAGAGACAUCGGACUUCACGAAAAAACAGCUGGCAGCACAGAGUCUAGUGUUUAAUUUAAAAGAUAAAGUCUUCUGUGAAUUAUUUCCUGAAGUUGUGGAGGAAAUUAAACAGAAACAGAAAGCACAAGAUGAACUAAGUAACAGGCCCCAGAAUCUUCCUUUGCCAGACGUGGUUCCUGAUGGGGAGAUGCACCGUGGCCAGAAUGGGAUCCAGCUCCUCAACGGGCAUGCACCUGCUGCCGGCCCAAACCUCGCUGGGCUCCCACAGGCUAACAGGCAUCACGGACUCCUGGGCGGCGCUUUGGCGAACUUGUUUGUUAUAGUUGGGUUUGCGGCCUUUGCCUACACGGUCAAAUAUGUGCUGAGAAGCAUAGCACAGGAGUGAGGUUCACAAGCCACAACCUGCAGUUGCUGCUGAGGGACACAGGGGCCAGAGCUUGAUGCAGGCGAGACGGACAUGCUGCUGAGCACAGGGUGGCCUGCCGGACUCCUGGGCUUCACUUUUUAAAAACCUUAAACAGAAAGCAAAAACCAAAAUGUGAUCUGGAGGAGAUUGGAGGUUGACAUGGACAGUGCCACUCACGCUUUGGUUUUACUGCUUAUCUCCUGUGUUGUCUUUUGAACCUGUUUAGUAAACCUGUUUUGUUUGUUUUGUUUUGUUUUGUUUUUCAUUUUAUUAGAUUUGGUCACUUAAAAAUAUAAAACGUUAAUGCCUAUCAAA